AUGGAGUCCGUCGACGAUGUAGACAACAUCGCCGAUUUGAAAUUAUUGCAUGCAAAGAAAAUCUACCUAUUGCUAUUUUUCCUAGCUCAGCUUAUAUUUGUAGGGGAUCUGCAUGGCUUUUCGCAACAGACAGUAUCAAAGAUAGUACAUGCCGUCUCAGAAGCAACUGCAGGAUUAUUUCCUUGCUUUAUUGCAUUUUCUCAACAGGUAGAAGCAAUUCAGAUAGGCUUGUAUAAUUUGGCACAAUUCCCUCAAGCUGUGGGCUGCAUUGAUUGUACGCAUGUACCAAUCAAAAGUCCUGGCAGGGAAGUUGCACAAUUGUAUAUCAAUAGGAAAGACUACUACUCGUUGAAUGUGCAAAUAGUGUGCGAUGCUCACAGACGUAUCCUUGAUAUUGUUGCUCGAUGGCGAGGCAGUGUGCACGACGCUCGCAUAUGGGAUAACUGCUCCCUCAAGGAUGAGUUCAAGUUGCAGAGUUCCAAAAUUAAGGGGGUUUUGCUUGGAGAUUCCGGAUAUCCAUACAAGUUCUACCUUUUAACACCGUUUUUAAGGCCUCGAACCCCUGCUGAGGAGCGUUACAACGCAUCCCAUGUGCAAACCCGGAACGUCGUGGAACACUGCUUCGGAGAGUGAAAGGGCAUGUUUCGUGCCCUGAGGAAC